CGGGCGCGCCGCGGUGCAGGGCGGGACGCCGGGCGGGGGUGGUCAGCGUGUGCGAGGGCCGCCAUCUUUCUCUCUACGGAAGGAGCACGGCAGCAGCAUGGGGCACCAGCAGCUCUAUUGGAGCCAUCCUAGGAAGUUCGGUCAGGGCUCCCGCUCCUGCCGCGUGUGCUCUAACCGCCACGGCCUCAUUCGCAAGUACGGGCUGAAUAUGUGCCGGCAGUGCUUCCGGCAGUACGCCAAGGACAUCGGGUUUAUCAAGCUGGACUGAGCAUCAGGAGGAUGAAGCUGUGGCCAGAAGCUCCCAGGGCUUCCCUGGACCUCCCUGACACAUCUGCAGCAACUUCGCACAGCUGUGAUCAAUAAAUAGUUUUUCCACCUGA